CCAAGAAGAAAGGAGCAUAGAACAUAAGAGGAGAGACCGCACUACACACCUCACGCCUGAAGUUCAGAUCUAAGCCUUCUCGUCCUCGCCCAAGGACAACGAUAAACAUCUAAGAACCAAACAAAAACAGAGCACGACCAUCGGUCUCUAAGCAAAACGCGCAGCACGCCGGGCGCUCCACGCACGUAGGCUAGCAGAGCGCGCAUGGGGCUUCUGGACCAGCUGUGGGACGACACGGUGGCCGGGCCGCGCCCGGACUCCGGCCUCGGCAAGCUCCGCAAGCACGCGUCCUUCUCCCCCUCGUCGGCCGCGCCGUCGCCGACCGCGGAGGGCGCGGCGCCGCCCGCCGUGACGCGGAGCAUCACCAUGCUGCGGCCGGCGGCGCUGUCCGUCGCCACGUCGCCGCGCAGCGAGUCCAGCUCCGCGCCGUCGUCGCCGUCGCCCGCAAGCGGCGCUCCGGACUCGCCCUUCGGCGCAGCGACGACGCCCAGGGGAGAGGGCUGGAAGAAGCUGCGCCGGAAAGGCAGGAUGGCCGACGGCGCCGACGCCCCCGGCACGCCGAGGAGCCCCACUGUGUACGACUGGGUGGUGAUCAGUUCGCUGGACCGCUGAAGCAGCCGGCCGGGCCAAGACGAGGACACAGCACAAGGAUGGAGGAAGCCAGCCACCAUCAGCAGCAGCUAGCGGACUGAAGGAGGAUCGGAACAGAGAGGCCCCCCCGGCCAUGCGACCUGCUUAACAGAGCUUCUGGUCACGGUUCUGUUAUACUACGCGUUAACGGUGUAUGUAUAUACGUCAUCUUCCUGUAAAUCUCCGUGGUGUGAGGUGCUGCUGAUUUUGAAGAGAGUGAUGCUCCUGUUAUGUGCUACUAGCUAGCUAGUGCUGUUGCUGUAUGAGUACAGUGUAGUCUACUAUUAAGGGUUGUCGUUUGGACUGUUAGUCUAUAGAGACAGAAAAAUGUAGAAGUACGUAUUAAAGCCAAUCGAAUAGACAUGUUUGUCGCCA